GGCGCUCGGGCGGCGCUGCGGCUGCGGCGUCUCCUGAGGGGCUGGGCCGGGCGCUGCCCUCAGCUCCGCGAGAUCCCAUCCCUCAGCCCGGUGGGGGCUGUCGCUGUCCUUCAGCCAGGAGAUCCCAUCCCUCAGCCCGGUGGGGGCUGUCGCUGUCCUUCAGCCAGGAGAUCCCACCCCUCAGUCCGGCGAUCCCUGAGCUCGGCGAUCCCAUCCCUCAGCUCGGCGACCCCACCUCUCAGCCCGCAGAUCCCAUCCCCUCAGCCUGCAAAUCCCGUCCCUCAGCCCGGGCGAUCCCAUCUCUCAGCCCGCAGAUCCCAUCCCCUCAGCCUGCAAAUCCCGUCCCUCAGCCCGGCGAUCCCACCCCUCAGCACUCGGCAGCGGGCACCCGCCUCGCCUCGGGGUCUGUCUGGAGCCACCCACGCCGCUGCUCACAGAACAAGAACAAAGAUAAAACAAAAAUGGACACUCAAAAGGUGCAGAAAAAUCAGUGUGAUAUGAAAACAGAUCUGAACUUACUGCUUGAAUGCCUUAAAUAUCAGAUGGACUGCCCUCUGUCUCAGAAGGAGGCUUUGAUCACUAUCUAUUCCAUUUGCCAACAAAACAGUGAAGCGAGCGAAUACUUUCGAGAAAUUGGUGGUUUGAUGUUUAUAAAUGACCUUGCCAAGGCGAGUGCUCAUUGCAUCGUAAAGGAAGCAGCUUUAUUUACAUUGGGGAUUAUUAUAGAGAGUGAUGUGUAUUGUCAACAGACUUUGUGUACUUCUGCAUUGUUUGAAGACCUCAUUUUAUUUUUAAUUAAAAAGGAUUCUGGUGUGAACUUGAAAAGAAUGUCUAUUUAUGUCAUCUUAGUACUGGUUUCAAAUAAUAAAAAUGGGCAAACCUGUGUCAGAGAUACAGGCUGCAUCAGCCUGCUGCUGCAGUUAUUCAGAACAACUCUCUCCACCUCUGAGAAGAAUCUGUCAGCUAAAACCACUGAUCCCUGCUAUCAGCUCUGGUCCUCAGUGUGCAGCACUCUCUGUGCCUGUGUCAACAACCCCCAGAACGAAGAUAAUCAAAACAUUUGCUGUUCGGUUUUUCCCUAUGCCAAAGAGUGGCUCGAGAGUUGCACAGAGCCUGAGAUAGUUCGUCCCAUUUGUUCAUUUCUUGGUCUCACAGUUGCAAAUAACUCAUAUGUGCAGAAAUAUUUUGUUUCUAUUGGAGGAUUGGAUACAUUAGCCAAAGUUCUCCUUGAGCUUAUGCAUGAUUCCUGUUUGAGUCACUCCAGCAUGAAACUUGCAGCGGUAGUAACAAAGACUCUGGAUGCCUGCAUUGCUAAUAACUCUGCCAUGGGUGUUGUCUUGGCACAGUAUCACACUGUGUCAGAGCUGCUGAAGCUGCUGUCCAAUUGGACACUGAGCACAGGAGAAAAAAUCAGUAUUAUUCUAACAAUUGGACACUGUACUGAAGUUUGUGAAGAAAACCAGUGUGAGCUGCUUCAGAACAAUGGUCUGCCACUUAUGAUUCAGGUAUUGACAGAAUCUCAGGACGAGGAACUCAUCAAAGCUGCUACUUUUGUGCUGCAGAACUGCAAACAAAUGAGACAUUAUUGAGGCUGGUAGAACAAUGAAAGCUCUGCUUUCAAAAAUAAAAGACAAGAAACCAAGGAUGGUAAAAAUUGUAAGCCUGCUCAUCAAAAAGACACGUCAGAGUCCAGCUCAGAUUCUUAAGGAAGCACCCUGAAGGAGAUGAUGCCUAUUACUCUCAGCUCAAGUAUGUGUUGAACACACCUGUGCACUUAAAAGCUACUUACAGCACUGAAUUAUAAAAAUAACUGAAUUUUCUUACAGAUACAGGCUUUGAAAUUCCAGAUAAAUUUGUGGUUGGAUAUGCUCUUGACACUAAUGAAUACUUCAGAGAUUUAAAUUGAGUUGGUAAUGCAGUAUAGAUGAAGAGGAAAUGUUUGUGCUUCACCUUUCAUAAUUCUACUCCACAAGUCUCGUGGCUCAGCCAUGCUACAGAGCAUCCUGAAGCCCCGGGAUGGUGAGCAGCAUACAAUCUGCAGCCCCGUCUGGAAAUAAAAUAACUUGUAAUUUGGCUUUAAUUGGAUAUUUGUCUGUCUUAGCUCAA